AUGAAAUUAACGCUUUACUUUGCUUUUGUCUGCAGCUGCUUGCAGGCAGUUUGGGCAAAAAGAUCACUGUCUGCAACUUCCUUGGUGACAUGCAUGGAGAAUUCACAACUAUCCGCAACAUCUUUUGAUGUAGUUUUCGAUCCUGAUGACCGUUCACUACAUUACACUAUAGAUAUGACAAGUGAGAUAGAUUCGGAUAUCGUGGCCAAUAUUGAAGUUUGGGCCUACGGGUUUAAGAUCAUAACCAAGCAACUGGACUUAUGUUCCCUGGGCUGGAAACAGUUCUGUCCACUGCAACCGGGAGAUGUCGAAGUGGAUUCGAUCGAGUAUAUCUCCAAAGAAUACACUGAUAUGAUUCCGGGAAUUGCAUAUCAAGUUCCAGAUAUCGAUGCCUACGUAAGGUUGAACAUCCUUAAUAAUGUCAGCCAGGACGUGGCCUGCCUGGAAGCGUUUUUCACUAAUGGUAAGACAGUCUCUCAAGUAGGUGUCAAAUGGGCAACUGCAGUUGUUGCUGGUAUUGGCUUACUUUGCUCAGCUGUUUUAUCAACAUUUGGCAAUUCUAAUGCUGCCUCUCAUAUUUCUGCGAACACAAUGUCUCUUUUCUUAUAUUUCCAAUCUGUUGCCGUGGUUUCAAUGCAACAUGUGCACCGUGUUCCUCCAAUUGCUGCUGCUUGGUCAGAAAAUCUAAUAUGGUCAAUGGGUUUGAUACGUGUUUCCUUUAUGCAACGAAUUUUCAGAUGGUUUGUACAGUCCACGGGUGGAACUCCAAGCUUGUUCUUGACAUCCACGACUAUUUCGAUUUUGGUCCAGAGAAGCUUUGAUUUUGUCAAGUCAACAGACCUAUACAAAAGAGCAGAGCAAGUUCUCUAUGGUAACUCUAACGUUCUUAUAUUGAGAGGUAUCAAGAGGUUGGCGUAUAGCUCGCAUAUUGAAAAUACUUCGGUGGUGUGCACAGGUUUCACGUUCUUCGUUUUAUGUGGUUACGUCUUAGCAGGGUUUAUUAUGGCUUCCAAGUAUACGAUUGAAUUGUGUAUCAAGGCGGGCUGGAUGCACAAUACAAGAUUCACUGAAUUUCGAGGUAACUGGAGAAUGAUUCUCAAGGGAUCUUUGCUUCGCUACAUUUAUAUCGGAUUCACACAACUGACAGUGUUGAGUUUUUGGGAAUUUAUGGAACGUGAUUCUCCGGCCGUUAUUGUCGUAGCAUGCCUAUUCCUAGUCCAAUGUUUGGGUUUGAUGAGUUGGGCUGCUUACAGAACAAUCUCUUUUGCUAGGCUAUCUGUGCAGCAAUGUAACAAUCCAGCUGCCUUACUUUAUGGUGACGAAACCGUUCUAAACAAAUACGGUUUCUUUUACACUAUGUUCAAUGCCGCCAAUUAUUGGUGGAACUGUGUGAUUUUAUCUUAUAUUCUAUUGAAAUCCAUUUUCAUCUCAUUCGCUCAAGCCUCUGGUAAGACUCAGGCAUUGGCUAUCUUCAUUAUCGAUCUCGCCUAUUUCAUAGCCCUCAUUAGAUUUCAGCCUUACUUGGACCGUCCUACGAAUAUCAUCAAUAUUUUCAUUACAACUGUGACUUUAGUUAACUCCUUCCUAUUCAUGUUCUUUUCUGAUCUAUUUGGGCAGCCAGACUCUGUGGCAUCGGUUAUGGGCUGGAUUUUUUUUAUUAUGAAUGCCGCAUUUUCGUUGAUCCUGUUAAUUUUGAUUCUCUUAUUCGUCUGUCUGGUCGCCUUCUCCAAGAAUCCUGAUUUGAGAUUUAAGCCCGCAAAGGAUGACAGAACAUCAUUCCAGAAGGGUCCUGCGAUGCAUGAUGGCAUCAACAAAUCCGUUGCUGCAGAAUUGUUGGCACUUGGUGACGCUGCUCAGAAUCACGAAGAUAAUUGGGAAGAAGAACUUUACAAUCAACAAAGAAUACAAAAGGAUAGAAGUGCUUCAGGCCUAGAGUACUCCGACGAAAAACUUGUUCCUUCAAUGUCAAUCUCUGAUGAGCUAAACGAGGAGCCAAAAUCAAUGUCACUUGCCUCUAGGAUAAAGCGUAAGCUCUCUCUGAAGCGUAACAAAUCCUCUUCUGUAAAGGCGAAAAAAGACUCUGCAGAGCCUUCAGACUUUCCUGAUGAUGCACCAUUAACAUCUCUCACACCUCAAGCCUCUACUAUAUCCAUUUCUCCAGUGAAGAGGACUUAUCCUGGUGUCCAUAGUCGUCAAGAGUCCGAAUCAAGAAAUGGAUUAAUGACUUCCUUUGAGAAUUAUCAAGCUCCACUCGCUCCUUUGUCCUCUGUUACUGCCCCACAUGAUGUAAAUGAGAAUAAUGAUGCUCAACUUGGAAGAGAUGAGAGUAUGGAUUCUAUGAAUGCAAACGCAAAUAUAACAUCAUCAACCAAUAUUCUCACUCACAACAACGGUUCUCAUUAUAGUUAA